CUGGACAAGCAUUAGGCCACGCCGAUGGGAAGGGAGAACCUCCACGGCUUUGCGGUUUAGAAGAACAGAGUGCAAGGUUGUCCACAAAAUGCUGUUUCAAUGCUUAUGCUCUCAAGCCACAGGAAGACAACGGUAUCCAACUGCUGACAAAUUUGGGUGAAAUAAGGUGUGUUACUCCAGCCCUCACUCAGAAACUCCCUCGCUUCCUGAUCAGCCAGAAUCCUCUUCCCUUCCUGCCAUUAAUAUUUCCCUCUGCUUUGUCCUUGAGCAAAACAAAAACACUCCUUGUGGUGAUNCAGCAGCCCAGGAUGAGCAAUCACAAUAACAAACUCAUCCAUCAGGCAGAGACGCCCAUCGUGUCCUUCAUCCGCAUUGGCACCUCUGCCUCCUCUUCCAAGUCUCAGCUCCUCAAUGCUCUGCUGAGCAAACAAAGACACGACACCUUUUUCCACCGCCAUUGCCGAGGCAGCACCAGAGAGUGUUUGCUGAUGGAAGGUGUUGUGGAGAUUGCCUGGUACUGUCCCCGGGGAAGCCCUGAUGACACCUUUGAGUGCUGUGUGGCUUUCUGUAACCUGCAUGGGGAUGCCAGGGAUCACGGAGCACAGCUGCAGUUCUUACAGGAGAUCUCUGCUGUGAACGUGGCUCUUGUAUCCGAGUCUGAGCACAUGGAUGACCGAGGGAACAAACUUUUGCGUGACCUGUGGCAGUCGCAAAGGCCUCUGGUUUGUCUUCUCACUGAACAAGAGAACAUUGCAGCUGGACAAUCCAGGAAAAACAUAACAAUAGGGAUCAAGAACAGAAACGAAGCAGAAAUGUUGGAUGAGCUGAGCAAAACAAUCAGGAGUCUCCUGGAAUUGUCCAACCCACGUUUCAGCCUGGAUGCCUGCGUGGACAAAGCUCGCCAGCACGGAUUCUUAGUGGAUGAAGAUCGACCCGAGUGUGUGACAGCCAAAGCAAAGGCAAAGGAGUUGGUGACCCUUAUGAAGAAAGAGAAGCUGUCUGAGAUCAAAUCCAAGCUCCUGCCUCUUCAAGGAAAACUGUGGCACGAGUGGUGCCAAAAAGACAAAGAACUCACUCGCUUGCAGGAGAAGGGGAACAGGAGCAUUGAGCACCAUCGGAGCCAAAUUGAAUCCGAGAAGGCAGAAAUAAGAAGAAAGCAACUAAAGCAAGCUUUCUCCCCCAGUCAGCUGAUGAACCCAUUCCUUGACUUUCUCCAGUCGCAGCCAGCAGAUACCAAAAAGUACUUCCUGCAGUGGAUGAAGAUCUUUAUGGAUGACCUGUCCUCUGGUCGCCUCUCUGAAGAAAUCAAAGAUUCAUCCAUUGGCCUUGAGCAUCUUCUGAGAGAGGUAGGACAGAUUUAUGAAGCUGUCCAAUUAAUGAGCUCAGAAAAUGAAAAUGUUGUCAAACUGCCCCAAACUGCAGCAGAUCUGAUGGUUUUGGGAUAUCCUGUGGAGCUGAUGGAUGGGGAUGCUUCCUACUUGCCCCUGCACUGGGUGGGAGCAAUCUUUGACAGCCUAAUUGAGAGGCUGGGGGACAAACGAGUGUUUGUUCUCUCCGUGCUCGGCAUCCAGAGCACAGGGAAGUCAACCCUGCUGAAUGCCAUGUUUGGGCUGCAGUUCAAUGUCAGUGCAGGGAGAUGCACCCGGGGAGCGUUUAUGCAGCUCCUUCCACUGGACGAGGAGCUGCAACAGGACCUGGGCUUUGAUUACAUGCUGGUUGUUGACACAGAAGGGCUUCGUGCCCCUGAGACAGCCAGUAAACAGUCCCCAAAUCAUGACAACGAGCUGGCCACCUUUGUCAUUGGCAUCAGCAACGUGACCCUGAUCAACAUCUUUGGGGAAAAUCCCUCAGACAUGCAGGAUGUUCUUCAGAUCACUGUGCAGGCUUUUCUGAGGAUGAAGGAAGUACAUCUUUCCCCAAGCUGCCUCUUUGUCCACCAAAACGUGGGAGAAGUUACUGCCAAGGAACAGAACCUGGAAGGACAAAGACUUUUUCAGGAGACGCUGGAUGAAAUGACAGUGGCAGCUGCCCAGCAGGAAUUCUGUGACGUCUCCUCCUUCAGCGACGUCAUCCGCUUUGACGUGAACACCCACAUUCACUACUUUGCUCACCUGUGGGAAGGAAACCCCCCAAUGGCACCACCCAACCCCACCUACAGCCACAAUGUCCAGCAAUUAAAGAGAAAAAUUCUCCAGGCUGCCAAGAAGGAGUCACAAGGCAGCAUUUUGAGGCUCUCGAGCCUGAAAGUUCAUAUUGGUGACCUCUGGAAUGCUUUGCUGAAUGAGAACUUUGUUUUCAGCUUCAAGAAUUCACUGGAGAUUGCUGUGUACAGGAAACUGGAAACUGCCUUUAAUCAAUGGACCUGGAGGCUGAGGAGUCACAUCUCAGAGGUACAAAUGAGACUGGGCAACAGAAUUCGGAAUGGAGGCUUGCAGCAAGUCACCAGAGAACACCUGGAAGGGCUCGUGCAAGAGACAAGUGAUGCCGUCAUGACAGACAUGGAAAAGUAUUUCAGGGAAGACAAAGACCGUGAGAUGUUGGUCCAGUGGAAAAGCAGCACAGAGCUGAAGAUGAAAGAUCUGAAAGAGUCUCUUCUUCUUGAAACUCGAAAGAAAUGUGAGAAUCUCAUUGAACUACAGAAGAACCAGAGAAGACUCGAUGCAAAGAAGUCAAAAUAUGAAGACGAACUCCUGAGAAGGAGCAGGGAGUUGGCUCUGACACUCAAAGGCAAGAGCCUCAGUGAGAAAGAACUGAGAGACAACUUUACUGCUGUCUGGGACAAGUGGAUUGCUGAAGUCUCCCUUGCUGCUCCCCCUCCAGAACGGGUGGAUAUUGAUGCAGAAAUAGAAGAAGUCCUUGUAGAGCACUUUAAGGAGCCUGGUUUUUAUGCACGGAUCAGGUCAUUUCCCAAACACAGAGAAUUUUCCUUGGACUUGGAGAAACAUGUCGCAAGGAAAGAAUAUUCUGAUGGCUUUUACUAUCAGGAAACCAUUCCUGAUGCUGCUGUGAACAACUUGCAGGGCAUCACAGACAACAUCAUAAAGUGUGUGAGGGCAAACAUUGAUAAGAAGGAACAGGAGAAAAUGGAUUACAGUCGAAAUUUUCUGCAUGAAAUACUCAAUGAAGUACAGAAAGGUAUGAACUCCGUCCCCAGAAACAUAAGGUGUACUUUUAACAGAGAUUACAGCCUAGAAUUAUCCCUGUACUUGUGCAGAAUGGCAGGGGAAAGGUUUAAAGCCAUGCACGAAGAAUUCCGGAAGGCAAAUAACCCAGUCACCUACCUGAGCAGCAAGAGAGGAGAUUUCUUCACACAUUUCCAGAUUUCCUGCCAAGGAGCCAUUUCUGUCACAACUUUUGCUGGCUUCCUUUGUGAAAAGAUUGCCCCGUCUCUCUUCCAUGCUGUCUGUGAGAGGACAGCUAAAGCCAUCGCUGGAGACAUGCAGGGGAAAUUCCCAGAUUUCCAGGGCAACAGAGCCAAUCUGGAGGUUUGUAUCCUGAGAUUCCUGGCACAACAAGAAAAUUUUGAGUAUUGCAAGCAGUACCUGAAACACCCAAAGAAGUUUUUUCAGAUGUACAUUGAGAGACAUGUUGCAAGUUACUGUUUAGAUGAGAACAGGAGGCUGGAGAAGUUUUUAGCUUCCUCCCUUGAUCUUCUCUAUGGAAACAUCCUGUCAGCUGUUUCUUCAUCAACCGAAAAGGUCAAAGAUAGAAAUGACAGAGAGGACAAAAUCUCUCUCUGGCUGGAUUAA